AUGGUCGCCAGGUGCAGAUGGACGUCUCGGCUUCCGCUGCAAACCCUCUUGACCGCCGUGCUGCUCGGUCUCUCCGCCACACCUGUUCUCGCCUCCUCCCAACCAUCACAUCCUUCCUCCCCGCACGGCUCACAUGACUCUUCGGAAUCCGAACUCAUCUGUCACACGUCCAAUCCGGAAGAAUGCUACCCUCGCCUCUUCCAAGCCACGGAUGAGUUCCAAAUCGUGCACGAUGACCAGGACCUCCCCAAGGGCCUGCACGUGCGCAUGAACAUCUGGACCGGCAAGAAGGAGGCCAAGAUCAACGUCCCCGGCGAGGACGACCCUGCACUCGAGGGUUUGCCCGUCGACCAGGCUGUUGUCGUCGUCGACCAGGACCAGCCGCCGCCAAAGGUAAAGGUUCCCAAGAACGCACCCAAGUAUGAUCCCGUCGGCAAGGUCAAGGCGCCACAGGAAGAGUCUGUGGUCUUUGCGACCGUCAUCAAGGCGCUGCGGAAUGGUGUCUUUCCCGAGGAGAAAUCCUUCGACGAGGGCCUCGAGGAGCUGGAGGAACUCUCCCACGACAUCUACUAUGGUCUGAAGAUUGCCGAAGUGCCCGACGUGGUCAAGUCUCUCCUCUGCCUCAUGACCGGCGACGGCGCUCAUACGAGUGACGGCCACAUCUCUCGAGACCACCAGGCUGCCUCCAUUCUCGCCAGCGCGCUGCAGAACAACCCGUCGUCGCUGAAGGAAGUUGUCGGCGCUUGGCCGCAGCUCAUGCAAAGCCAAUGUCCAGCUGCCGCCGAACCGCUCGGCAAGAGCAUCUAUUCGAGCUUUGUACCCGCCCGCAACGCCGACGCAUCCCUGGCCAACGCGGCCUCGCGCGUCAAAGCCAAGAUUUCGACCAUCAACAGCCUCAUCAAGGACGACUCCAUCAGGAAAGAGUUCCUCGCCAGCGGUGGCAUGGAGAGCCUCCUUAGCGUCCUGCUGCCCGACGAAGCCGAGUGGGCCGCCGCCCAGCGCAACGCCGGCCAUCUUGUCGUCGACAACUUCCUCGACACCGACAUGGGCGCCGAGCUGGGUCAGUGGCCUACGUCGGCCAAGCUAGGCGACCAAGAGUGCCAGACUGCCGAGUCCAAGCUGGCCGACGGGUGCUGGGACUACCACGUCGCGAGGAUCAUGAAGGCCAACAAGGGCGACAAGGACCAUUGGAGCAGGGACUUGAGCAGCAAACUGGCGGCAGCGAGGAAGAGUGGAAAUGGAAUGGGCAAAGGAAAGAGAAGGGGAAAGGGGAAGGGGAAGGGGAAAGGGAAGGGGAAAGGCAAGGGAAAGGGAAAAGCGUCUUGGAUUCAGGAGGAGCUGUAA